AAGCGCCGGAAGUGAUUUCGCGCUGCCUAGGAAACAGGACGCGUGCCCAGUAGUAGCCAAACCUGGGACAGCCGCGCCCACUCUGGCGCCAUGGAGCUUCCCUCUGGGCGGUGUGGGGAUCCUCGUUCUUGUGACGACGAGUCGGACCCAGAACCAGAUCCCGACCCUGACGCUCAGGCAGAGGCCUACGUAGCCCGUGUGCUCACCCCGCCCAAACCUGGCCUGACCCCGCGGCGCUCGUCGCUGCAGUCCACGCUCCCCUCGUCCCUGGGGGCGCCGGAGCGAAAGGCUACCUCUAAAGUCCCGGCCGUGCGCCUGCCGGGCCUCCUGAGCCUUCCCCCGGAGCUGCUGCUGGAGAUUUGCGCUUACCUGGAUGCGCGGGUCGUGCUCCAUGUCCUGCCGUGCGUGUGCCAAGCGCUGCACGACCUUGUGCGUGAUCAUGUCACCUGGAGGCUACGCGCUCAGCGCCGCGUACGCGCACCCUACCCAGUGGUGGAAGAGGAGGACUUUGACUGGCCAGCCGCCUGCAUUGAGCUGGAGCAGCACCUGGCCCGCUGGGCAGAGGAUGGACAGCGAGCUGAGUACUUCUGCCUGGCUGAUGGUCACUUUGCCUCCAUUGAUGCAGUGUUGCUGCUCGAGGGUGGGGCACUGUGUCUCUCAGGCUCCCGAGAUCGGAAUGUCAACCUGUGGGACCUGCGACAUCUAGGGAAGGAGCCUAGCCGAGUUCUGGUGAAGGCCUUGGGCACCCAGGGCAACAGCACACACAAGGGCUGGGUCUGGUCGCUAGCAGCACAGGACCACCGUGUGUGCUCCGGCUCUUGGGACAGCACUGUGAAGCUGUGGGACAUGGCGGCUGAUGGGCAGCAGUUCGGUGAAAUCAAGGGCAAGGCGGCAGUGCUGUGCCUUUCCUACCAACCUGACAUCCUGGUGACUGGUACCUAUGACAAGAAGGUGACCAUCUAUGACCCCAGAGCUGGCUUGGCCCUGGUGAAGAGCCGGAGGCUGCACUCAAGCGCUGUGCUCGCGGUGCUGGCAGAUGACAGGCAUAUCAUCUCAGGCAGCGAGGACCACAGUCUUGUGGUAUUUGAUCGCCGAGCCAACAGCGUCCUGCAGCGGCUGCAGUUGGACUCCUAUCUGCUCUGCAUGUCCUACCAGGAGCCCCAGCUCUGGGCGGGUGACAACCAGGGCCUGCUGCACGUCUUCGCCAACCAAGAUGGUUGCUUCCAGCUUGUCCGGUCCUUUGAUGUCGGUCACCAGUCUCAGAUCACAGGGAUCAAACACUCACUGGGGACUUUGUACACAACAUCUACUGACAAGACCAUUCGGGUUCAGGUGCCCACAGACCCACCUAGGACCAUCUGUACCCGAAGCCACCACAAUGUGUUGAAUGGGAUCUGUGCUGAGGGCAAUGUGGUGGUGGCUGCCUCUGGUGGCCUGUCCCUGGAGGUCUGGAGGCUGCUGGCCUGAACAGCCAGCUGGACAUGGCUAUGGAUGGACGCUGGGAUAUAAUAUAUGGCCUGUUGAGGCUGCACCUAGGCCUCUGCUCUGGAGGACUUUCCUGCUAUUGGUGCUGCUGCCCUGCUCCCCAGGCCUGGGACACAGGAACCCCUGUGGGCUGGGCCCACACCUGUGCCUGUGGAGGUGACAUUCUGGUUUUAGCUACUCAGGGGCCUGUUUCCUACCUUCCACCCCUGGGUUUUGUUUUGUUUUGUUUUGUUGAGACAGGGUCUCAUGUAACCCAGGCUGGCCUCAUACUCACUGUGUGUUUGAGGCAGGCCUUGAAUACCUGAUCUUCCCAAGAGCUGGGAUUACAGGUGUGCCACCACAUCUGAAGGAUCCUGUUUUGUUAGGAUUUGGGUCCCUCUCCCACAGGAGAGUGAAGGAGAAAUAAAUGACCUCCUGUG